AUGGCUUUCUUCCCCAUGAUCAAAACCCUCAUCCUCUUUUCCGCAUCCCUCACAAUCCUUCUCGCCAUCCCAUCCUCAGCCCAGACCUACAACCACUUGCUCGCCGGCGAGCGCCUCAACCCCGGUGAUUCCCUCGUCCAAGGCCACUAUUUCUUCACCAUGCAGUACGACUGCAACCUUGUCCUCUACGAUUACAGCACUCCGCUCUGGGCUUCAGGGACCCAAAACAAGGGCUCGGGUUGCUAUGCCAUCAUGCAGCGCGACGGCAAUCUCGUCGUCUAUGACUCUAAUAAUAAUCCCUUAUGGGCGAGCAAUACUAACGGAGAGGAGGGAAAUUAUAUCCUUAUACUGCAGAAGGAUCGUAAUGUUGUUAUAUACAGCAAUCCAAUUUGGGCUACGGGGACUAAUCAGGUUGGCUGGAUUGGUGUCGUCGUUGCCGCUGCGCGUAAUGGGACGGUGGGGGUUUCAGGGGCGGAGCAGAAUAAGGUGAGGGAGAUGGGGAAAAUAAUGGAGGUUUAG